ACUAUUACUGUUCGCACCUAAAGAACAGUGAUCCGAUACAGCCUAAGCGCAUAACUGAAGGGUCCCGGCCGCCGUCUUCGUGGCGAUCGGUUUUCUACAUUAUACGGCAGUUUCGUCUCCGAACUGCCCCUGAGGAUUACAACAUUAUUGAUGUGUAUUCACUAAUCGUUCUUUUUUUUCCUUCUUUCACGUCUCUUCCAAUGCGGCUUUCUCACCUGAAUCUGUUCAGUGGCGUGUGCAUUGAAAUCGGUUCUGCACUCACUGUUCUGUUGGCCAGCAAGGUCGGACUGCCGGUCUCGACCACACAUUGUCAAGUCGGCUCGGUGGUCGGAGUCGGACGAGCUCGAUCUCGGGACAAUGUAAAUUGGAGCAUUUUUCGCAAUAUCAUUAUUGCCUGGGUGGUCACAGUACCAGCUGCGGCCGGGAUGUCCGCUCUGCUCAUGUACUGCUUCACCUUUAUUGUAUAA